AUGCAAUUUGCCUUUGUUGAUCAUGAUUAUAUGGAAGAUGAAAUCGAUCAAUUACUUCAUUCAUAUCGAAGUCGAUUUUGGUUGAAUGAACGUCAAUGGUUUGUUCGAUGUUAUUGGAAACUAAAUGAUGAGAAUGCUUCGAUUUAUCUUCAUACAUUACCAUAUGGAUUUGAUGAUUUGAGAAUUGAUAUUCGUGAGAAGAAUAUUCUUUUCAAAUCGACUACUCCGAACGAUGAGAAUUUUUGUUCUUAUUAUCAUGUUCGUCAUCUAUUUUAUUGUUAUUCUUCAUCGAGAAAUAUCAAUCAAAUUCCAAUUCAUUUUUCCAAUAUUCGUCAUCUGACUUUAACUCUUCCUUACAACGAUUGUUUUCAAUCUGUUUUACCUUGUUUCAAUCAUUUAAUAUUUCUUGAAGUACGAAUAGAUACUUGGUCUCAACAUGAACACGACUUACUUCAGUUACAAGCUCUGCUCGAUCGAGCACCACAUCUGUAUUCACUUAAAUUCAGCUCAUGGCCAUCAUUCAAUUCUCAAACAAAGCAAACAAAAAAACGAUCACAAACUGCUGGGAUAUCAGUAUGGAAAAUGCCACCAUUUGAAAAUAAAAGUUUGUCAGUUCGUCGACUUGAUUUACGAGGUCAUAAUUCGUCGGGUCAUUAUCAAUACUUCAAUAGACAACAAUGUGCGACAUUGAUUCGUUCACCAUUAGGUAUUCAAUGUGAAGUUCUUACGAUUGGAGUCGAUAAUCGAACUCAUAUUCUGGAUCUUGUCCACAAAAUGGUCAAUCUUCGAGCUUUAAAUGUUCGAUGUCGGGCUGAUAAGACAGAUGCAAAUGAACUUAUCAAAUGGUUACGACUUCAUGUACGAUCCACGUAUACAAUGACAAAAGACACACGUUCACCUUCUGAUAUUCGCUUGUGGAUUCGUUAA